AGCCUCUGAUAAAUCUUGUACAGAAUUUCUACACCAGCGUUGACCGGUAUUUCACUGAUCAAUUCAAAUAUCCAUUGCGGUUGGAUACAUGGUCUCCAAUCCUGCAGAUGCUUAUAUGAUAAGGAAGCAUUGUACACUGAGACACAACUUACUCUCUUGGAACCACUUAAACUCAAGACUCUCGACAUAAGCUCUUCCAAUCAACAAGAUAUUCUCAACAUGACAGCUUCAGGAACAGUGGCCCUCUUCUCACCAGGGCAGCAUGGGCACCUGAUACCCUAUCUUGCAGCCAUUCAUGCCUCCUGUAUCACUCACGACCGAACUAUCGCAGAAUUCCUCCCGCCCCUAUCUCACGAGAAACUUCUUGCUUGGUGGAAAGAGCGAAUUGCAGAGGUGGCAGACGGAAAACGGCUCAUAUUCAUUCUCCUGAACGACUGCGAACCCGGAGCUCGGCCGAACGGUUCCGAUGUGGUGGGCGUUGUCAUGCUAAGUAUGCCCUCUUCAGAAACUGGCCCAUUCCGCGGUGUCGUUGAAAAGCUUCUCGUCCAUAAAGCUUUUCGCGGUCGAGGUGGUGCCAGAACUUUGAUUUCUGCCCUCGAAGCUGAAGCGACCAAGCGUGGUCGAACUAUUCUGCUUCUCGACACAGAGACCGGAAGCCCAGCAGAAGAGGUGUAUAAAAAGCUUGGUUAUGUCGAGCUUGGCCAGAUCCCAAAAUAUGGUCUAAGUCCAAAUGGAGAACUCAAGGGCGGUACCUUCUUUUGGAAACAUCUAACGUUGCAGUCCUGAGGAGCUAUCAUGGAGGGGUCAAGUGUAUCGAGCUCCUGUCAUUGACAAGGAUCGACUAUUCAAAAGUGCUGUAGAAAAUUCCCUUCAUUGGAGGAAAACGAGGCGACUCGAUAUUGCUGUUCUUAUCAUGGACUAUGGCUGGCGAGGUGCUUCGGUUUGUUUUCUAGAUAUCCAUCCAAAAUUUGAACAUUUCACGACAAAAUUGGC